GGAGUUAACAUAAACUUUGAAAGAGAAGAAUGAGAAAGUUGUUGCCAUUUUAUAGUCUUGGCAGAAAGAGACGUUUCAGUUUACAAAGAAAGCACAAGAGAAACAAUGCUUUUAAGAAUAUGAACAACAGAUUUAGACUGUUGAAAGCGGAGACGGAAGAGAUUAGCAGGGAGCAAAAGAGCAUCAAAGCAGGUCAGUCUCAGGUUCAAGAGAAGUUCAAGGCAAUUGGAAAGGAAUGUGAAGAACUAAAAAGAGAAGUGAACGUAGUAAUGCGGCAAAGUGCGCUCACCCAUCUUCGUCUUCAUCUCAUGUUUAAUAUCUUCAAGGCAAGGGAGGACGGAGAUUUGGCUAAGGCUGCCCACCUUACUCAUUUGCUGCGGUGCGAAUUCGUCGAUAAUGUAGAAGUCUUGUUCUUUAAUCCUUCCGAAACUAAGAGCAAGAACUAACGAAAAUUUUCUUUCUCUUUUUGCAGCGAAAUCUAAUACGAAGAGACAAAGAGCCGGUGGAGUGUUGACAUGUAUAAUAUAUGUAAUAUGCAUUAUCGAAUUUCUUACUUUUGAAAGCUUUAGACUGAAACUUCGAUAAACCGGUGGAGUUUGAGGAACAAAAAAAAUAUCAUUAGUAUUCUGAGCUUGCUUUCUGUAUGUUGUUUAGAUUGACUUAUUAAUAUAUUAUGAAAUCGUUUCCUUCUUAAUUCGAAUUUGCACGAAAAUAAAUUAACAAGGUGUAUGCGUGAGGCAAGCAAGCUUGUCAUCGGUCGUAGCUUUUCACCUGCUCGGUGGUUGAUGUUAUUCUCGCCUG